AUGUCGAAUAAAAGACGGAGGAUCCAAGGUCUUUUGCCGAUCAAUACGAUUCAGUCCCAUGGUGGUACCAAAGACGAUAGACAUAGUCAUGAGAAUAAUGGUGAUACAUAUCCAAGCGUAGAUUUGAAUGGUUCAGGAUCUCCUAGAAGGUACAGAGAAUUUAGAAAAGAUCCUCGAGUGGUAGAGGAAUUGAAUCAUUCGUCAACUAGGGAUUUCUUGCCCCUAGGAGAUGAUAGCGAAACGUUUGAAAGAGCUGCAGAAAAUAAAGAGGGAAAAGAAGACCAGAAUCAAGAAGAAGAUCAAGCUCAACAUCAAGAUUUUGAAACUUUGGAAGAGACCACGCCUUUGAGACGUAGCAUUAAAAGGGCCAAUGGGUUAUUAUUUGCAUCACCUGCAGAAGAUGAGAUUAAACAUGGAUUCAAUGGAGUAGCGGCAACUGCACUUAAGGUGACAACAUCUGGUGUUUUGAGAACUGUUGAUAUAAGGAAACAGAUGGAUGAAAAGAAUCAAUGCCUUAUGAUAUUCCAUAAUGAUUCACAGGGACCUAGAGUCAAUUUUACCCAUCGAAAUUUUGAAAUUAAAAAUUCUCAAUUGGAACUUUUGCGUGAUUGUGAAAUGGUAAUCUUUGAUAAAGAUAGCACUUGCAUGGCAAUGGUUUUGAAAGAUCUGAGAUUUAUAGAUAUGGAUAUCAAAUCCAAGGUGGGACGUAUACAGACGAAAUUGUUAUUGUGGAUGAGUGACAUGGAAGGUAAAGAUAGUAGAAUUAAUAAAGUUAAGAAUACUGUUACUGCGAAUCAAAGUAUUCAAACUAAGACGAUGGAAGGUAGAGCUUUAGUGGUUAAAAAAUUAAAUGAAAUUGCUAUUCAGGAUUGUAAAAGAUCGGUUUUUACGAUAUCUUCAGAUGAUGCUGUGGAGAGAUUAAAAUCUAAAAGGAAUUUUUUGGAUAAAAAGAAUUUCUCAUCAUUGGGACCUCAGAAAAGGUUAUCACAAUAUGCCUCCUCAGCUAGUCACAAGAUACAUGUACCGAGAACCCCUGUAGUCCAUGAUUUAGAUGAGCCUCCCCUACCAAAAGUAUCUGCCAAAGAUUUUUAUCAUUCUAAUACAGAGCACACUAAUACUACUGAUAACACUACAGAUUUGUCCUCACCCGGUGAAAAGGUAGAAAAAGUAGAAACGGAACAAAAGAAAGAUCCUUCGGAAGGGGUGAGAAGAUCUGAUAGGACCAAGAGUCGAAGUCCCGCACUGAAGCAAAGUACGCUUUGGGAUUUGGAUUCUGAAAAAGAUUUUGAAACACCAGAGAUUUUCAAACCAAAAUUACGCCAUAAAUUUGAAGACGGGUCCAAAUAUACGAUAACGAAUCAAGAUUUUAGAUGUCUUUACAAUCAUGAUUGGAUUAAUGAUAGCAUUUUGGAUUUUUUCACCAAGUAUUAUGUGGAAAAUUCAAUUGAAAGGGGAAUAGUGAAAAGGGAUGAAGUUCAUAUAAUGUCAUCUUUCUUUUAUACCAAAUUGGUUAGUGAUCCUAGUAACUAUUAUGGGAACGUGAAAAAAUGGGUGAACAAUUGUGAUCUUUUCAAGAAGAAAUAUGUCGUGGUGCCGAUUAAUAACAGUUAUCAUUGGUUUGGUUGCAUUAUUACCAAUUUGAAUGUCUUGUACAAUCAUUUUAAAGGUUUGGAUACGGUUAGUCAUUUUUUGCAGGCAAAUGAUGGCAAGAAUCCAAAUGCUGGAUCUGGGAAGGUAGAAGAUGAUGAAAUUUCCGUGAGUACGCCUAUUGUAACGAUACUCACGUUUGAUUCAUUAAGGCAGACACACACUAGAGAAAUUGAUCCAAUAAAGGAGUUUUUAAUGGCUUAUGCCAAGGACAAGUAUUCAAUGGAUAUUGAUAAAACUCUGAUUAAGAUGAAAACUUGCAUGGUCCCUCAACAACCAAAUAUGAGCGAUUGCGGGGUUCAUGUUAUCCUCAAUACCAAGAAAUUCUUUGAAGAUCCGAAGGCUACAAUGGAUAUGUGGAGAAUGACAAAGAUAAGAAAUAAGCAAUCCACUAGGGUAGUCAAUGAAUAUUUUGAUAGAGCUUCUCGUUCUGGGGCAAGGAAAGAUCUUAGAAAUGUAUUAUGGGAUCUACAGAAAAAACAGAUAGAGUUGAUGAAAGAGAGAAACGAAUACAUUCCAGAAGAAGAUAGUGGUCUAAAAAAUGAGGAUGAAGAUGACGGAGACAUCGAAAUAAUAGAGAAUUUCCCACAGAAUGAGAAAGAAAGUACUGAUCAGGGACCAUCAAAAGACUUGGUAGAAGUAGCUCCUGAUCAACGAUUGUCCCCGAAGUCUGCUGUAAAGAAAUCAUUAGAGAAUUCGCCCACUCCAGCUAACGAUGUCCAAGAAAAAGAUUUAGCAAAGAGCAAGGAUGAUAAAAUCAGCAUUGAUAGAGAUAGGAUGGUUUACCAUUCUAAACAUUCUUCUCCCCAGCGUCAUGUGUUGGAAAGCUCCCCAAUUGGAGAGAGACCAGAUGAGAACAAUAGGAAAAAUUCGGAUGGACUCAGUUCUCCCUACUUUGGUGAUUCACCAUUGAAAAGAAGGGCGCCUUCCUUUGGUUAUAAACCUCGUGAAACUAUAUUAUCACCGAAACACAGCAGUUUCGUCGAUGUGCAUGAAUCUGACCAAGAAGAACGUCGUAGGGCAAGCUCUACUUCUCUUAAAAGUUCUGCUUCUCCGGUGAUCCUCACCAAUGAAAUGCCUUAUGGUAAGAAGUUACCUGUAACUACGAAUCAUUUUUAUGGUGAGAGAUCAUCUCCAUCUUCCUCCAGUGAAAAAGCCCUUAUUUCUGAUCUAGAUCAAGAUAGCGAUGUCAAUCUAGUUGGUGGGACCAAGUCUGAACUUGUCGGUAAAGAUGAUAAGUUGAGUCAUUUACAACAAGAGUUUGAAAGGGAAUUGAAUGAUAAUAUUAGUCAAACUAAAGAUGUUGGUAUGUUUUUAAAUCGGCCUAAUAAAAGACAAUUGCGUCCUGUUCUUGUCAAUAGCUCUAGAAACAUUUUGGAAAACGAUAUCCACAACGUCAAUCGCGUUGGUGACGAACCAUCUAACGCAGUCAUAAUUUCUCAAAAUGAUGUACAAGCAAUAUCAUCGGAAGAAAAGAAAUGA